UGGAAGGGGAAGAAAAAGUUUAUUGAAAGGCAGUUCAUUCCACGUUGCUCGUUUCAUUUCCAUUCUGUUAUUAUAGACCACCUUAUUGAAGAAAAAUUACCAUUACUGUUAUUAAGAAAAAGCAAACAUGCCUGCUUCACCAAGUUCUACGAAUGUGGGUUCAUCUGGAAGAUCACCCUCCAAAGUUGUUGCCCCUAGAAGUGGAGGUGGUACUGUAAAACAACGUAAAACUACAACAACUACAGCUGCCAGAAGCCGAAACACAGGUGCUGGUUCUGGAGGCAUGUGGAGGUUCUACACUGAUGAUUCUCCAGGUAUCAAAGUGGGCCCAGUACCAGUCCUUGUGAUGUCUCUACUAUUUAUUGCUUCUGUAUUUAUGUUACACAUCUGGGGAAAAUAUACUAGAUCCUAAUGUUAAUAAAUAUCAUUCCAUUUUUAAGUAAAUAUAUAUUUAUAAGCUCUAUUGGGAUACUUUAUACAACUUAAUUGUAAGAUUAAUAAUUUUAUACAGGUAUAAGUUAAUUCUAAUGAACUUGAAGCAUUUCUGA